CGGGCCCGCCCGCGUAGAGCCUGCUGGGAGUGAGCGGGGCCGGCGUCAAUGGUCGGCGGACGGGGAAAGGUGGGAUCGCGAGCGCCCUUCCCUGCCGCCUCCUCCUCCCCCAUUCAUUGCCGUCACCUCCUUCUCCCUCCUUUCCCUCCCCUCAGGCCGCCGCCGCCGCCGCCAUGGAGGCGCUGAACCCGGUCAUCAACAAGCUGCAGGACGUCUUCAACACGGUGGGCGCGGAUAUCAUCCAGUUGCCGCAGAUCGUGGUCGUGGGGACGCAGAGCAGUGGCAAAAGUUCUGUGCUGGAAAGCCUAGUUGGAAGGGAUCUGCUCCCAAGAGGCACAGGAAUUGUCACCCGGAGACCCCUCAUCCUGCAGUUGGUGCAUGUUUCAGCAGAAGAUCGCCGGAAAACAGCUGGAGAUGAAAAUGACCCUGCAACAUGGAAACAUUCAAGGCACCUUGCUAAAGGGGUUGAUGCAGAAGAAUGGGGAAAAUUUCUACACACAAAAAACAAGCUCUAUACAGACUUUGAUGAAAUUAGGCAAGAAAUCGAAAAUGAAACAGAAAGGAUUUCAGGAAAUAAUAAGGGGAUCAGCCCUGAACCUAUUCAUCUAAAGAUUUUUUCACCUAAUGUUGUUAACCUGACCCUUGUAGAUUUGCCAGGAAUGACAAAGGUACCUGUGGGUGAUCAACCAAAGGAUAUUGAACUUCAGAUCCGAGAGCUAAUCCUUAGAUUCAUUAGUAACCCCAAUUCAAUUAUCCUGGCAGUUACUGCUGCCAACACAGAUAUGGCCACUUCUGAGGCCCUUAAAAUAGCACGGGAAGUAGAUCCAGAUGGGCGGCGCACCCUUGCUGUUAUCACAAAGCUGGAUCUCAUGGAUGCUGGCACUGAUGCUAUGGACGUACUAAUGGGAAGAGUGAUACCAGUUAAACUUGGCAUCAUUGGUGUGGUGAAUAGGUGGUUACUCAUGCAUCACAUCAGGGACUGCUUACCGGAACUAAAAACCAGAAUCAAUGUUUUAGCUGCUCAGUACCAGUCUCUGCUGAAUAGCUAUGGGGAACCUGUAGAUGACAAGAGUGCCACGUUAUUGCAGCUUAUUACCAAGUUUGCCACUGAAUAUUGCAACACCAUUGAAGGGACAGCAAAAUACAUAGAGACUUCAGAACUGUAAGCACAAGUUCUGUGUUGGAAUUUGUUGCCAUAUAUUGUGGAGUUAUUAUUUUGAAUAUUCAUGGAACUCAGAGGUAAAAUUUACUACCUUUUAUAAACCAAAUGGGCCCAAGGUCCUCGGCCCGCCUUGUUUGUGCCUGAAGUUUCAUUUGAGCUGCUAGUGAAGAGGCAGAUCAAGCGUUUGGAAGAACCCAGUUUGCGAUGUGUGGAGCUUGUUCAUGAAGAAAUGCAGCGGAUUAUUCAGCACUGUAGCAAUUAUAGCACACAGGAAUUGCUGAGGUUUCCUAAGCUCCAUGAUGCCAUUGUUGAAGUUGUGACCAGUCUUUUGCGUCGAAGGCUACCAGUGACAAAUGAAAUGGUUCACAAUUUGGUAGCCAUUGAGUUAGCCUACAUUAAUACCAAACAUCCAGAUUUUGCAGAUGCCUGUGGACUAAUGAACAACAACAUUGAGGAGCAGCAAAGGCGGAACAGGUUAGCUAGAGAGACACCUUCUGCUGGAUCACGAGAGAAAUCCACUAAGCCUCCUGGUGCUUUGGCACCGUCUUCCCAGGAGACCUCUACUGCUGGUUCUGCUGAGGUUGAUGGCAAGGUGUCCCCUGCUCUAGGAGAUGGAGCGCCAGAAUCAGGAACAGGCAACUGGAGAGGAAUGCUGAAAACCUCCCGAGCAGAGGAAAUAUUAGCGGAAGAAAAAUCAAAACCAGUAACAGUACUACCUGCAAGCCCUCAAAAAGGUCAUGCUGUAAAUUUGCUGGAUGUGCCUGUUCCUGUUGCACGCAAGCUUUCUGCCAGGGAACAGCGAGACUGUGAGGUGAUUGAACGCCUAAUCAAAUCUUACUUUCUAAUUGUAAGGAAGAAUAUUCAAGACAGUGUGCCAAAAGCAGUGAUGCAUUUUCUGGUGAACCACGUGAAGGAUACACUUCAAAGUGAGCUAGUGGGACAGUUGUACAAAUCCUUAUUGCUGGAUGACCUCCUGACUGAAUCAGAGGACAUGGCUCAGCGCAGGAAGGAGGCAGCUGACAUGUUACAGGCCUUGCAACGAGCCAGUCAGAUUAUUGCUGAGAUUCGAGAGACACACCUUUGGUGAUGGCUUUUUUUUGCUGGAUGAAGAAACAGAUGACUUGAAAACUGCUAGGCGUUAUAUGCUCAUGAACUCUUUAAGUGUACUGCAGUAUGUAUACAUCUGCUCAUGUAAAGACUUUUGGUUUGGCUUUUUACACAGAGGUAUGCUGUACUUUGCAAAACAAGUCAUAUUUAAUCAAUAUUUUCCCCACCAGUUUCCUGGUACAAAGAAGAACUCCUGUGAGGAACUGGAUUGAAGUGAAAGUGGGAAAGAACCAUGUUAAAAGUUCCAGUGCCUGGCUUGCUAAAUGAGUUGCCUGUGGAUAGGAUGACCAGUGUAGUAUUGUGAUGUAGCUUUUUCAGCUGCUUUUGCAAUAUUAAUUUAUCAGCAAUGAAGAAAGAACACGUUUUCUUUAUUAUUAAUUAAAAUGCAUGCACUGAAGUCUCAUGUGGAUAAAAUGGCACAAUAGAAUUACUGCCUUCAUAACUUGUGUAAUGUGUGGCCUCAUGUUUUAGAACUUUAAAAGAAUUACUUCAAUAGCUUCCAAACUACAGUGGCAUUUUUUCCCUUUAGCUAGAUAAAUCUGAUGUAUUUUAAACGAUGGGACUCAUUAAGAGACAGUGUCAGCCAAAGAACAAUCAAAGUUGGCAAAUAUGUGUAACUCUCUCUCCUAGCCAGGACCAAGACCCCGGGACCAGCCACUGAAGAGUUCCAGGCCUAAAAUUUAUCAGCAUUAACAGAUACAACAACCAAUUGUAUUUCACUAAAGUAACUGUAGAAACAGUAAAGCAACAAUGGUCAACUUGUAGCCCUUCAGAUGUUGGAUGGAAAGUCCUCAUCCAUGGAGCUAGCUAGGGCUGAUGGAAGUUGCAGUCUAACAAUAUUUAGAAGGCUCAUACGUUUUGCCCACUCUUGUAGUAAAGAAUGUUUAAGAACUACUAAAGUAGAAGAAGCUGGCUGUUGGGUUAAUGUGGAUGGUCCCACAAUCCUUCUAUGUCAAGAUUUCUUUUCUCUUCUUUGCCCUAGGUCAGCGUGAACCUAACUGCUUGACAAACUCAAGACCAAUAACACACUGGUUUCUUGAGGAUUCUGUUGAAAGCACACUAGGUUUCUUCACAGAUAACACCAUGCAUGAAAAAGUUGUACUGUCAGGUCUGAAAUAAAUGUAUUUAGCUCAGUUUGAUUUACUAGAACACAUAAUGUCCACCUCAGCCUUUGUACUUGUGGAGUUCAAACAUGAUGUAUAGGAUUCUAUCCACUCAGUCCUUAUGCAGCAGACUUUAAAAAGCAAUUGGAUAUUCUGAAACACAUGAUGACAGAGAUUUGGUAUUUCCUGAGAAUAUUUCAUACUGGUUUGAAACAUAUUUUCCUUAUUAUGUUACAGUGGAAUUUAUUUUAUUGCUUUAACAUUUUUCUAUAGUCUCACCUACGAAAACCUCAUAGCUAGAGCCAACGUCCCAUACAGAAAAAUAAAGCUAUGUUUAAAGAUCA